AUGCUCCGGGGUACAGCUCGCCGUCGACAACCGGAGAACUUAACUCCGCCUGCGAUCCGGUCGGCAAAUCUGCGUGCGGCAGGGAGAGCGGAAGUGGGUGAAUUCCUGUUGUCGGAGAUGGAGACGAACAGCGCAAUCUUCCGAGUUCCGACCCUACACGGCUACACCCCUAGCCGCUACUCCUCCGUUGCUCACCAGUCGUCCGUCGCUCGGUGCUCCUCCGUCGGUCGCUGCUCCUCCGUCCAGUCAAGGAGCUCGUCAUCACCGGUUGUCGACUCGCACCAGUCGUCUGUCUCUCGCUGCUCCUCCGUCGCGCUCCUCCGUCCUCGCUGCACCUCCGUCGUCGCUGCUCCUCCGUCCUCAUUGAUCCUCCAUCGUCGCUGCUCCUCCGUCCGGUCAAGGAGCUCGUGGUCACCGACUCACCGGUCGUCCAGGCACAUCGGCUCAGCCUGUAACUAUUCGACUGAAAUGGACGGAAGCACGGGACCUGUGGAUAAGGCCUCAAAGGAGACACCGACUAUACGUUCAACAGGAGAUUCAUCAGAAGUUAAAAGAGGCGCCGCACGCCGUAAAGUACGGCCAAGAUCUAGGGCAUGGACUCAUUUUGACCAGAUUUUUGACGAAAAGAAAGUUGUGGUAGGUGCUCAGUGCAAGCAUUGUAAAAAGCAAUAUGCUUGCCAUACAAAACGAAACGUCGUCCGUCGCUCGGUGCUCCUCCGUCGGUCGAUGCUCCUCCGUCCAGUCAAGGAGCUCGUCAUCACCGGUUGUCGACUCGCACCAGUCGUCCGUCUCUCGCUGCUCCUCCGUCGCGCUCCUCCGUCCUCGCUGCACCUCCGUCGUCGCUGCUCCUCCGUCCUCAUUGAUCCUCCAUCGUCGCUGCUCCUCCGUCCGGUCAAGGAGCUCGUGGUCACCGACUCACCGGUCGUCCAGGCACACCGACUCAGCCUGUAA